GGAGGCCCUGUGUCUGAGUGAAGGGAUGUGAAUCACUGUGGCCCUGGGGAACCCAGGACCAGAAGGAGGUAUCAGGCCUCCAGCUCCCCUGUACCAGACCUGACCCAGCCGGGGUGGGGCCCGGAGUGUCAGUGUGAGUACGAGUGAGAGUGAGCAGGUGAGGGGGCAGGAGCACAGCUCCUCCUCGCCCAGACUACAAUGCUUCCAACAAAGGCCACUGGCACCCACGGAUCUGCGUGUCACUUGUCUGUCUGUAGCCCAGGCAGGGGAAGACAGGUCUGAGAUGGAGAAAGAGGGUGGGAUGAGGGGAGGGAGUAGGUGUAUCCAUUCUCCACACUUCAGCCUGAGGGAACUUCCGCUUCCCUUAUUUCUGGUCACUCUGUCCCCUACCGUCCAGCCACAAGGCUCCCUCCACUAGCCGGGGCAGCUAUUUCCAACCUCCCACACUGGGGUAAUUCCUCUUUCUGGGCUUUGCCGAAGCACCAUCUCCUUCCCCCAGCCAGUCUGCCGCGUUUAUUGUAAUGAUCUGAUGGUCCUUUUCGAUCCCCCAUCUCCAAGCCAGAUAGCAGCGCUCUGAGGGCAGAGACUCCCUCCGCUUGUCUUCUCUACUGAUGUAAGCCCAGGCCCAGCACAGUGCCUGGCACAUAGCAGACGCUCAAUAAAGAUUUGUUGAUUGAAUGACUGGAGGAACAAAAGUCACGGGAAGUAGCUCUCAGCUCAGAGAGGAAAGGUUGCGACCCUCUGGCCAUUAAGGGACCUGGCCCAGGCCACUCAGCCGACAAGUAUUCUGGGGCCUGGCCCUUCUAGACUGGGCCGUCCCUGGAGACCUAUUCCUCCUCAGCCCAGGGUCAGACAAGUGCAAUGGGGCCGACAAGAAAGUCCAUCCGCAGGGCAGAAGCCAAAGGCGGCGGGCGGGGAUUGGGGAAACAACUUUGGACGCGUCCCAAAGCCUUUUUCUGGCGUCUCCCAGGGUGGGGCGCCAAACUCUGACGCCAUCCUUAUAAAGCGGGUCCUGUGCCCCGUAUCUGAUUAAGAAAUCCCGACUCCACCCCUUCAGUGACAGGCCUGGCCCCACCUCCUCGCUUGACGUUCCCUCUCCGCCACCUGUGAAGAAAGGCUGGCCCCGCCCCUUCCGGGUGACAGGCAAGCCCCACCCGCCGCGCGCGGAGUCCCUGUGACGUAACCGUAACGGCAGUUUCCGGGGUGGAGCCAGGGAGGGCGGGAGUUUAGGCUGCGCCGACCCUCAGCCCCCCUCCAGGUGACCUCAGCCCCCGAAAUUCUUCACCCGGGGCCCCGAAUAUCCCAGCCCCAUGACCGCCCAGCCUUCCGCCCUGAGUGCCCCUCGCCCCCGAGGUGACCGACCUCCUCAUCCCUUAAGGUCCAGUGCCUCCCAAACCUCCAAUCCCACCCUGUCCCGAUGUGGCAACUGCGGCUUCCCGGGGGCACCUACCUCAGAUUACCUGGGAACAAGUCAGACCGGUCCCGGGAAUGGCCGAGAAGGGGGCCCGGGGCUGGGGAGGCCUUGAUCCAUCGUGCCGCUUCCCAGGAGACGUUCGGAGCCCGGGACAUGUCGGGAUUGAGGAGAUACGAGGUGGCGCUGGAGGCGGAGGAGGAGAUCUACUGGGGCUGCUUCUACUUUUUCCCCUGGCUGCGCAUGUGGCGGAGGGAGCGGAGCUCGGCGCACCCCCGGGAGCAGAAACUGGAGCCUCUGCGGGGCCUGAUGAGCUGUCUGUCAAACGGGCUGGGCCCUGCUCCCCAGCGCUCCGGUCGCGGCUUCCCCCGCCGCACGCCCGCCGCCACUGCCCAGCCCGCCGGUGCAUUAAAGAUUUAAACCGAAGUCCGCCGUGCUGCCCUCCUGACUCU